UUUUUCUCCCCGCCGAACUUUCCCACGACUUAGUAGACCAAAUUUUCAUUGUCUUUUCCGUUGUCAAGAAUGUCCUUCGCACUUCCCGCUCGUCAGGUCACAUUCGGCAGGUCUGCUGCACCUUAUCAGCAACCAAGUCAAGCACCUCAGCCACAGGUUGCCCAAUCAAGUCAUGGACUCGCAUUACCUGGCGCCGGUGCCUACAGCCUUCCCGCGCCAUCGAAUCUCGCGCUUCCGGGACCAUCGCCAUUGUCUCAAUCACAUACCCCUCCUCCUUCGCAGUCUCAGCCUGCGACUACGGCAUCUAGCAACGGCGUUACAUCAGCGGCGGUGGCGGGUCCUUCGACGCCACCGGCUAAUGCUGUUCCAGCCACCCCGGCCCCUCUCACACUUGAGCAACAGCACAUUACAGCUGUAGAGGGCAUCGUGCCUACGCUACAGAACAUUGUUGCUACAGUCAACCUCGAUUGUCGUCUUGACCUGAAGACCAUUGCACUGCACGCCCGGAAUGCAGAGUAUAACCCCAAGCGUUUUGCAGCUGUCAUUAUGCGUAUUCGCGAGCCCAAGACAACUGCACUUAUCUUCGCCUCCGGCAAGAUGGUCGUCACGGGUGCGAAGAGCGAAGACGACUCACGACUGGCGUCGCGCAAGUACGCGCGCAUCGUGCAGAAGCUUGGAUUUGACGCCAAGUUUGCCGAGUUCAAGAUUCAAAAUAUCGUCGGAAGUUGUGAUGUGAAGUUCCCCAUUCGCUUGGAGGGUCUUGCGUAUAGCCACGGACAGUUCAGCAGUUAUGAGCCUGAGUUGUUCCCCGGUCUCAUCUAUCGUAUGCUCAAGCCGAAGGUCGUGUUGUUGAUCUUCGUGUCGGGGAAGAUAGUGUUGACUGGUGCCAAGGUCAGGGAAGAGAUUUAUACCGCGUUCAACACCAUCUACACGGUGCUGUGCGAGUUCAGGAAACCUUGAUGCUGUCUUCGCGUCAAGAUUCGUUCUCUUCUUUCUGCCUUCUAUCAUCUUACGGCUCGCACUACACCGCUCGUCGAUAGGGCCGCCCUGAUUCUCGACGACUCUCUUCGAUGACGGUAGUGGGCGAGACCUAUAAAACAUAUCUUUACUGAGGGUUGAAUGGCCGGGGAGCAGACGUAGUGCACGGAUAUUCCUCCUCCUCCCUCUUCACUGAUAAUUUCUCUCCGCCCUCAAUUUUAAUCGCAAUUGGAAUCAUCAUUCAUGUUUUUGAACAUUUCGUUUGUCUUGCGUAGAACAUAUGAUAUAGUAUGCUCGUAGUCUGGGUUACAAUGUAUUACUGCCCACGUAUACCAUCUCAGUUUGAAAGCGAA